AUGUCCUCCCGCCUCCCCGCAAACCCCGCGCCUACCACUUACCCCUCCCCCUUGGAGGGCAUCGACACGAGCAUCCCCCUACCCACGACGAGGAAUGCAGACGGGAAGUCCUUGACGAACCUCGAGCCAAGGGUACGGUCAAGAGCGUACGAGGAGUUUGUGGAGCCGAUCACGAAGAAUAACAAUGGCUUCGACUUUCAUAUCUACUACAUGCAAUCCGUACCCGCUCAACUGCAGUUCGCGCGCGAGCUCCACGAACGUAUUCGUCGCGAGUUUCCUGAGUUGCGCAUCUAUACGUUCUGGGAGAAGCCUGUCGGUCCCCACCCCGUAGCAAUGUUCGAAGUGAACACCUUCACGCCGCACCAAACCGGCGCGCUUUUCUCCUGGCUCGCGGUGCACCGCGGCCCACUGAGCGUACUCAUCCACCCAAACACGGACGAUGCGUACAGGGACCACACGGAGCUGCCAACGUGGAUGGGGAAGCCGUGGCCAUUGUAUACAGAUCUGCUGAAGGGGCAUUGA